UGUCAAAUCUAUAUGUAAAUUAUAACCCUUUCCCUACCCUUCAAUCUGGUUAUUUGAGUAUCAAAAAUCAAAUUUAUUGUAAGAAUUACUAGUAAACUUUAUUAGUGAACAUGUGCGAGAUAAAGAAGAACUUUGUAUCGCAUGAUUUGGUGCACAAUCUGAAGUGCGCUUCACGUGCCCCCAGAGUUAGACACAGUAUGAAGGCGACCAAGACAUGGCCCGGAGCCCGUUUCAUGUGUGUUGGCAAGAAUGGAGAUCUGAACACCGCGGCCUAUUGUUUGGCAGAACUAAUGCACGAACCCUUUCAGCCCUUUCCCAUGGCCACGGUGGCUGUACAUUAUUCAAUUAAAGAUGAUUUUAUUGAGAGGUUAAGGAGUCGCUUCCGGCAGGUGAAGCCGCAUGUGGCCAAUCAUCCCAACUAUGAGCGAUCUCUGGCCGAACUGCAAUACGGUUUGCGGCCAUAUAAAUAUGUUCUGGCCGAUGUGGCCGAUGCUCCGGCCUGUGCCAGUCCCAUUUUGGUCACGGGCAACGAUACUCACUUGAUCUUUCCCAGCGGUGCCAGUGGGGCCACUACUCUGCACACCUUUCGGGCCAUUCGGGAUGUGGCUCAGAUCUUUUCUAAGGAGACACCGCCUUUCGAUGCGGUGUACUAUUUCGACGAGAGCGUUGUGGACAUCUAUGUCCUGGCGCCGCUCGUCAAGUGUGUGCAGUUCUUUGUGAACUGCAUGGAUGCCUGCCUGGUGGAGAUUAUGCCUCACUAUAUGGAUCACAACCCCAUGGCGAUCUAUAAGCGUGGCUAUCACUAUGAGACGCUCGAGAUGCGUAACGAGUGGAAGAUCAUAGUUUUUCCAUACAGUUCGGCCAUCCUGCGGCAAUGCUGCUGCCCCACCGGCCAUUGUCGUUGCUAUGCCACACAUUCAGCCUGCUGUGAGGACCACUUGAAUACUUAGGAGCUGUGAAGAUUCCUCUCUCACUCUCUGGAAUAAGUCGUAACUCCAUCUUGGCACAGGAAAACUAGACUUCCUUCGUCGGCGGGAAAUCCUUCGACUGUCUGCGUCGCCCCAGAAAUCCGCAGUUCCAAUGAGUAGUUUGCGACUGGCAACACAUGUGAGCCAUAAUUUUCGCGCUAGUUACUUCUUGGAUUGCUAGUAAAGUGGUUAUUGGCUAAGUGA